CUGCGCAAACGCUAUCAGAAAUUUGCCGAAAAGGACGCACGAACAAUGCUUAACGUCAAAUUGUAUAAUAAAUCAAAUGCUCUACAGAAUACUAGUGCAUUGAAGUAUCUAGAAGAAUAUAAGAAUAUAAUCAAUUGGAAAACAGACUCAACGAUCCUAGACAUUGGUUGUGGCGAUGGGAGUUUGACAUCAAAAAUAUUCAAAGAAGUAAUUCCUACUUGCAAGACCAUGACGGGCUGUGACAUAAGUGAAGAUAUGAUACGAUUCGCAAAUGAACACUAUGCUUCGGAACGUAUUGAUUUCACUACCCUUAACAUAGAGGGAGAGCUGCCCGAUGAGCUAAGGGAACGUUUCCACCAUGCCACUUCCUUUUUUGCUUUACACUGGUGUCGUCGUCAAGAAACUGCGUUCCAGAACAUAUACGAUAUCCUUAAGGACCAAGGCAGUUGUUUCGCGAUGGUUGGAGAAAAAGCAUCAUUAAGCGAUGCAUACAGGACCCUUACUAAAGCCGAAAAAUGGAAGCCAUGGGUUACUGACGUUGAAAGAUAUAUAUCUCCAUACCAUGACAGUCAAGAUUCCCUUAAAGACAUGCAACAAUUAUUAGACAAAACUGGAUUUACUAUAAUAAAAUUGGAACACAAAUUGAUAUUUCACGAGUAUGAAAAUCUGGAGAAUUUCAAAGAUGCAAUAAUGUCUGUGGUGCCUUUCAAGAUCCCCGAUGAGUUACGUGACGAUUUUUUUAUAGACUUAAGCCAAGAAAUGCAGAUGUUUGACACUGAAAAGUACAAUUACAGUAAAUCUAGUAACGAUUUUGUCUUUAAUGUGCAAGUACUCGUUUUAUAUGUUGAAAAAAAGUAAUAAUAUCUGGAUUCGUUUCUUUAGCAAUAUUAUUGAAAUGUAACAAUGAAAUAUUAAUUAAUUAAUAUGAAUUUUUAUUGAAAUACACAAACAUAUAUUCUAUAUACCUCUUCUCUUCAUAAAUUUUGUAACGUUUUAUUUAUGUUCGAUAUUACAAUAACUUCUUCUAUUAGAAAGAAGCAUCAUAAAGUUGAUAUGUACCUGACAAAUUCCAUUCACUCACGUACUCAUAUGUACCGCUCAGAAAUGACGGCAUAGUUCUCAGAGUUAUUUUUUAGAGAUAUACUCGUAGUAACAGCCUUCUAAGCGAUAUUCAGGUUGGUUCAUUUCACAGGUAUUUUUUGUUCAUGGGCAUAGUCUAUUAGUACCUAUCAAGUCGCUUACAAAUUGAACUAUUCCCAAACACUAUUUAACAGCAAACAUUUUUUUAAGUUAACCCGUUUGAAGUUAUUAUUACUUGGACUAUUUAUAGUAUCUCAUAAAAUCUCACAGAUCCUUUAAUUUA